GUGGCAUUUUAUUGGAAAUUGUUUUAGUGUUAUCUUAAGAUGAACCUUGUUUACUCUUAUUCUGGAUUAUGUAAACUGACUUGCAAUAUUUGCUUGAAAGGCGGGAUAUAAGUUUUAAAAUAAGUAAUAAGUUACACGAUACUCUGAAAUCAAUAAUAUUCAAAGCAAAAGCAGCAGCAGCACCCCGAUCAUAUAAGAGGAGAUCUAGCCUGGUCUAAAGUAGCUCUGAAGAAACAGCACUUGUCAAGCAGGGUGAAAUUCAGCCGCGCUGCCGUCUUGCCGCCUCCGGGCAGCAGGAGAAGAAGGAGGAGCAGAAAGGCAGCCGCGAGGGGCCGGCCCAGGUGGAGGAGAGUGAAGGGAAAGCUUGGAAAAGCGAGGCAAGAGGUGCGUAGGAAGGCUGCGCGCUGUGGCUUGCUGCGCUUCUCCUCGGGAUGGUGCUGUUGGUGAUCAUGGGAGUGAGCGGCUCGGGGAAAUCGACUGUGGGCUCACAUCUGGCAGAUAAGUUAGGAUGGAACUUCUAUGAUGGUGAUGACUAUCAUCCAGAAGAGAACAGAAAGAAAAUGGCAGAAGGGAAACCUCUGAAUGACCAGGACAGGAUUCCAUGGCUUUGCCACUUGCAUGAUAUACUAAUGAGGGAACAUGCAUCUGGACAAAAUGCAAUUGUUGCCUGCUCAGCUCUGAAAAAAAGGUAUAGAUGGAUUUUAGAAAAUGGAGAGACUGGUAUAAAGAGUGCAAGUGGUCAGUCACUGGAACAAGAAGUGCCCACACCACCAAAGAUCCUUUUUGUCCACUUAGCUGGACCUAUGGACCUAAUUGCUAGGCGUCUAGGGAAAAGGAAAGGACAUUUUAUGCCACCUGAUCUCCUACAGUCUCAGUUUGAUACUCUUGAACCUCCAUCGGCACCAGAAAACUUUCUCUCUAUCAGCCUGGAAAAGCCUGUUUCAGAAAUAAUAUCUGAAAUUGAAGAAUAUGUUAGAAGCAUAUGUUGAGAUUCCACCCCCCCAGUUGGUUUCUGAACCAUAAUCAUCUCACACAAGAUUUGUUUUUAGUAAACCUUCUUUUGAUUAAAAAAUACAUUUUUAUUUAUAAAAUGUAUGGUACCCAUGCGAUGAACACAACAGUAAAGAUGCUUAAUUAUU